UUCCCAGCCUUCACACAAAUCAAUUCCAAUUGCAGAAGCUGAAGCCAUGGCGAUCAUCUCCGACAUCGAAGAAACUACGAAUUCUACUCCUCCAAGUGAGCAGGAGAAGAAGGGGAACUCCACUAUGCUUCCAAACUCUGCCAAUGGGCUCGACAUGGACAAGUACUCCUGGGGGCAGAGCCUCCAGGAAGUAAGUAUCACCGCUCCGGUCCCCACCGGAACCAAAUCGAGGCAGAUCACGUGCGAGAUCAAGAAGAAGUCUCUGAAGCUCGGGCUCAAGGGUGAGCCAGCUAUGAUCAUCAUCGAAGGAGAGCUGUUCGGUCCGGUGAAAGUUGACGAAUCAUUCUGGCAUUUGGAGGAUCAGAAGACGGUGUCCGUUCUGCUGACGAAAUCCGACGAGAGGAACUGGUGGAAGUCGCUGGUGAAGGGAGGGCCGGAGAUUGAUACCCAGAAGGUGGAGCCAGAGCCCAGCAGGCUGGGUGAUUUGGAUCCGGAGUUGAGGUCGACGGUGGAGAAGAUGAUGUUCGACCAGCGACAGAAGGAGAUGGGCCGCCCUACGAGCGACGAGAUUCAGCAGCAGGAGCUGCUGAAGAAGUUUGAUUUCUCCAAGAUGAAGAGGGUCGACAAGUUCAGCAAUAUGGCUUAAGAGCAGUUACUUACUGUGUUUUCUUGUGUUCUUCAUUCUCCUUUUGAUGUUUGUUUUCAACUGUUGUUGUGUUUUGCUCUUAUCCUUCAAUGAAGAAUACAUGCAUCCAUCAGAUGACAUUAAGAUCGAUGAAUUAUAAAAGAAGAGUAAUGCAGUUGUUUCCAUGGCCACAUUUACAAGAUUUGUAAGGGAGAAAGAGAAGUUCUUGGUGGGAGUAGAUUACCAAGUACCAAACACAACGACGUGAAUAUCAACUAGCAAGAUCAAACAUUACAGAAACAAUAUUAAAGUGGGAAAAGGCUUGUUGCUUGCUAAGCCCUUUCCUUUUUCUCAAUAGCUCUCUUUUUUACCUCUCAACUGUUUCUUAUCAGAAACUAUUUACACAAGUCUACUAGAGAAAUGGGGACUGUUUAAGGGGGGAAAUACAUGUACAAUUCUGAAGCAUCUCUAAACUUGAGCAGUUUUGUUUGUUCUUCAUUCAGUCAUACAAACCUUCUUGCUCCCAUACAUCGACUAGAAAAUCUACCAUUUCCUGAAACAGAAAAACAGAAGCGGAAAAUGAUUCUCGUUACAAGGAGAGAUGCAGAAAAAAACUACUCAGGAGGUCAAGGACUUACAGAGAGCGGGACAGGCCGGGGGAAAGGGUUCCUGCUUCCAAGCAAGCUUUCAUAAGUUGCAUUCCAACUGGAUAUUAAAUCAAGUAUUAAGAACAGACAAUGGAACGUGAAUUUGAGAAGGUGGGGGUGGAUUUCUUUGAUUUGCUGUGAAUACAAAAAGGGUAAUUGCUAGCUACAAAUGGAAGGAAACACAUCAUCUGUUGUAACACAGUCAAUCCGAAAGCAUCAAAUCGUUCGGUACAAUGAUUUGAACAAUGAUGUUAGAAGACGGUUGGAUGUGCAGGAAAAAUAAUGCAUCAGCUUCUUCAUAAAAAUAAAAUAAUAAUAAUAAUAAUAAUGCAUCAGCUUGGCCCUAUUUUGCAGAAGCAUCUAAAUGAUGUAGAGUACAAUGAUCACACAGCACAUCACAGAGAUGAAGACAUUUGACGAAUGAUUCCAACGAAAGAUGAACAACCACCGGUCCACCAGUACCAACACGAGAAUGGCAGCAAUCAAUAAAGCUUUAAUAGAGUAGAAAUAAGCAACUGUUUACAAAGUGGCAUCUCAUUCAACAUAAAGUUUCAGCUCCUAACAUUUCCAAAAAAGCACAGACAAACUCUGAUCAGCAACAAGGGAAAGGUUACCUCAACUGUGGUCCACUUGUUUGACGAGUUUGAUUGCUGGUAGACUCACCACUCCCAGUCCAUUGAAGCCUGCCCUGCUGCCACAGAAGCAGACCUGCACGCACGCAUUCAAUGAGCCGUAGUUAAGAGGUCUAGGAUUCAGAAUUUUGACCAACACAGAAGAGUAAUGGAAGUAAACUUGGAAGAGUGAAGUAAAACAGAUUUGUAGUUAGUUACCAUGAUUCACAAAGUCUGUUGUACUGCCACUCAUGGUGCCACCACUGCUAGUGUUGGGGUUUGAAGCACUAAUUGAAGAUACACUUUUUUGAGAUUGCAUAGCACUAUUAUCGAGCUCACAGGUGCUGCUGCUCCAGAAAUCCUCAGAUAUACUAGGCUUCUUCACUGCCCGGCCUUGUAUCCUCAAUCCUUUGGCUGGCUCGUCCACAGCGAUUAUCGGUGUGGGCUUCCCGCAGCAUCCAAAACAACCACUGUUCUGUUCCAAACCAGGUUAGAAACCGAAACCAGUAACGGAAACCGUGUGGGAAGCAACUAGACCACUUGUAGAGGAUUGAAAUGUAUAGAAGACAGAAAAUUUCACAUUCAUUGAACUGGCUUCCUUUUGUUCCCAAACAAGCUUGGUGGAGUGGCAAAUAGUCAAAUACCAUAUAAUUAGAAGAUAAGAAAAGGAAAUGGACAGAUUGGUGUUUGUUCAACUUCCAUGUCAUAGACAAAAAGAAAAACAGAUUUAAGGACACAAUCAAAAGACCUAAAUCAGAUUGACCUCAAAUAAACAAAACAGGUAAAGCAUUCAAUCUUCCCAUCCAAAAAUCAAGCCAUCCCAUUGACUUACAUACACUCUAAUGGAAAGUUGAUGUCCCCUAGACAUGACUUGAAGGCAUUAAUUACACUAUAGAGCCAACAAUUCUCUACCUGUUUUCUUAUGUACUGGUUGUGUUAGGAAUUCCAUCUCUAUCAGGUGAGGAAAUUUUCCAGUCCUUGGAGGCCAUUAUUAUAUUUGCUUUACAACCACUACUACUUUAACCAAUCCACCUAUAAAGGCUAUAAACACUUCAAUGGCCAAGCAAAUGACAUGAUCAUUAAACAAUUUAUAAUCUUUCAUAAAUUAGGGGGCAAGGAAAACAAUAAAAAUGAAAGAAAAAUAAUCUCUAUCAGAUUGAAAUCAGCAAUUUCAGCCUUUCUCCCGCAAAGAUUGUCUCCCCUCUUGAAGCCAACUUUCCUAAACUAGAAAAACAAGUAAACAACAAUUCUAUUCAAUCCCAACUCAUGCUCCCAAUACACAAACAAGGACCAAAAAUCUCACCUGGAUUCCAGAAAUCCAAAACCCAGGAAACAAGGACCAAAUACUAUAUUUUUACUCAGCCAAAAGAAAACUCAGAACAAACAGAAGAAGGAGAAAAGAAGAACAUGAAAUCACUUACCCCAUACAAUCGAGAAAGUGACGGAUCCAAGAGCAAGCAGAGGCGUUACUAAGUGUCACCAUUUGAUCAAGAAAUCAACAGCACGAGACAACCCAAUCAUCGAAUCGGAACCGGGUACGAAUUCGGGAGAAGGAAAAGCUGCAAAAAAGGAAUCGACUUUAUGCUGAAAUUGGAAAUGGGUAGCGUUGAUUUGUUGUUCUGUUCUCCACCAUGGCAACCUGCUACUACUGGGUUCUUUCUGUCUGCAACUUUUGGGGAAGGCGCUGAGAGGGCGUGUGGGGAAUAGAAUGGUGGUGGUGGCUGCUCUGGCUAGAGAUGAAUGGGGAGUGGGUUUUGGAGCGAGUGAUUAAAGUGAAUCAAAAAUCGCGAGGAAGAAGAAGAGGAAAAAGAGAGAAAUGGGGGAAGUUAAGCAAUUGAUUAGUGAGGUGUCUGUAAUGUGGGGAUGCGCUUCGUGGGAUUGGAUUAUUUGCCCUUUGCCAACCUAUCCUACGCUCUUCACGCGCUUUCUACUCUCGCGUGCACUUUGCUUGCUAAGGUGAGAAAAUGGGUGGGUUGGAUGAGUUUUAGGUAAAAAUUUGCUUAUCUUGAUGGUUCGUAGAGAGCGGAAUGGAUCAUACUCAUCGAUAUGUGAUAUUAUCGAGUAGUUGGUAGCAGAUGAUGGUUUGUUCAACUAGUUGCGAUGGUGUGUGCAUGAACGCCUCGGAGCUAGCUUUCAAUGAUGACAUAGUAUAUAACGUUGUAUUUUAUUUCGAAUCAUGUAUCGAAAAGUGAAUUUGAGACCGUAAGGUUGAUUCUGCACAUCAUAUGGGGUAUAGAGAUGAGUAAUAGACUUGAUGUUUCGUCAUCUGAAAGAAUGAUGGUGGUAGGUAAGAUCAUUGUAUUUGUCGGAUACCAACCUACCCCCAACAUUAUCCAGACGUCAUUUACUCGUUGGUUAGUUGUAACCAAUAACCGGUAUCUAGCACACGUAUAUCCACGAGCACAUGAAUAAUGAGUAUAUAGUGAUAGGUGAUUCGUACGUUAUUUAUAGAGACUUCUUUACCAGUAUCCAACACCUACAAACAGUGGCAAUGCCAUUGCCAACAUUUUUUUUUUGAUAAUGUUAGUAUUGAAAAAAGUAUAUACUAUUUAGCACCCAGAUGUAACAGAGGCUAUCACGUUCCAGGCAGGUCAUGCCAUGGGAUAAUUUGCCAUUGCCAACAUUUGAAACGAGAUAAUAGCCCACCAUCUCGCGCUACUUUGUAUUGCUUAUUGAACACAUGCAUGCACAUUUACAACUUAUAACGAAAUAUUUAAUGAAAAUUGUAAUCUGCUAUUGAGUUACACAUAGCUCCGCCACAACUUGCAAAAGAGCUUACUAACCCAUAGGAGUUGUGACGAAUUGAGUUGUUUAUGAACAAGGGAAGGCCCGUUCUUUAAAGUAUAAUGCAUAGUUUAGCUUUGAUUCUGUCCAAAAGAGAAUAUGCACACUUUCCUUUCUAUCAAGAGAAUCCAACAAAGAAAUAUUGUAUAAACUCAAACCAAAGUGAAAAAGGAAGGGAAAAAAAAGAAGGGAGGCCAUGGCCAUGAAAAUAAGGCAAAAGGAAAUUAAAGCAAAGAGACAUCAAAGGUGGUGUAGUGAUUAAUGAUUAUCAUUAUAUCCUUUGUGAGAGAGACCUUCUUUUUCAUUAUCUCUUAUCAUCUUCUCAUUUUUCUUUCACGAGGAUGAUGAUUUUGACUCUAUAAUGAUAAUUUGAUGCUGAGGAAAAUUUUCUAUUGGCAAUUGGUCAAUAAUGCAUUGGUGGUAAUAAUUUGAGUUGUUGAUG